AUGAGUGGAUUGGCAGUGGCGUUAUCGUUCUUCGUGUGCUGGGCGCCAUUCCAUGUUCAAAGACUGCUUGCCAUCUACGGGAAGACAAUGGAGCAUCCGUCUGAUACUUUUUACUUGGUGUAUAUAGUGUUGACGUUCCUGUCCGGUGUGCUGUACUACUUGUCGACGGCGAUAAAUCCGAUCCUCUACAAUAUCAUGUCGAACAAGUUCAGGAAUGCAUUUAAGGUAAGCGAGUUUCUGUUUCUUGUUUGA